GUGAUCAGUCGGCCGCCUAUAUAUAUAUAUUUCAUUGUCUCUAUCCUGUCAAUUAGAGUGUAAAAAAUUACACAAUUAUGCGUGAUACUCUCUGGUCGAUUGCCUGUUGCCUGAUCCUUCUUCUUCUUCUUCUUGUGACCCAGUCAUCGUCAUCAUCAUCACCACCUCCACCAGGAUCUACACAACUAACUGGCUUGAAUAAAAUAACCUUGAAUACAGAUGGACAAUUUAUUGACUCUCGUGGAUUUAUCAAACUAUUUCGUGGAUUUAAUUCUGUUCGUAAAUCUUUUCCAUGGUAUUAUCAACAAGUGUUGAAUACAACACAGGUGAAAAUGUUUCAAAACUGGGGUAUCAAUACAAUUCGUUUACAAGUCAUAUGGAGUGGAGUAUAUCCUAAUCAGUCGGUCAUUAAUACCACAUACUUAGAUCAAAUUGAAAAAAUAGUCAAUCUGUUAGCACAGUAUAAUAUCUAUGUAAUAUUAGACAUGCAUCAGGAUGCUUUAUCAUCGCGUUAUGGUACAUACGAUGGAAUACCACUAUGGUUGAUUGAUCAGUUCAAAAGACCAUCACCUGCUCUACAAUAUCCUUGGCCGUAUAAACAAUCACCGAACUGUGAAAUGUGUAAUUAUUUAACUUAUGAGUGCAGUAAUGCAGCCCAACAGUUAUAUGAUAAUGUAUCGAAUUCAUGGAGUCAUUGGGGUGAUUUUUGGGAAGUAGUUGCUGAACGAUUUAAGCAUACUACAAAUGUACUUGGUUAUGAAUUGAUCAAUGAACCGCCACCGGGUAACUAUUAUACAAAUCCAUUGCGUGGUCUUUCAGGUUACGCUGGACGAUAUAAUCUGCAACCGGUAUACGAUUAUCUGGUUGAACGAAUACGGAAACAUGAUAAUAACACACUGAUAUUUUAUGAACCAAUUACAUAUGGGAUAUUUACUCCUUUCACUACGAGUUGGUUAGGCACAGGAUUUGAACGUGUACCGGGAGCGAACAAAGAUAAAUCAGCGCCGAAUAAAAGUGUCUUAUCCUACCAUUAUUACUGUUGGAUUCUACAAACAGACGAUUCAAAUUCAACUAUGCCAUUUUGGAAGAAAAUUGUUUGUGAUGAGUUCCUAUUACCGGACGUUAUAUCGAAUGCUAUUAAAGCUAUUCAGAGGACUGGAGGUGGUCGAUUUCUAACUGAAUUUGGCCUAUGCGGAGAUGAUGGAAAUGCGAAGAGUGUGAAUACAGUUGAAUGCAAUGCUAUACUUGAUGAAGUUGAUAAACGCUUUGAAUCAUGGACCUAUUGGGAUGGAAACUUUCUCGACGAAAAGGGCAAUCCUAUUGACAGUCAGGUGAAAUCUUUCAUUCGACCUUAUCCUCAAUCAACAAAUGGUGAACUGAAGAAACUUCGUUUCAAUCAUAAGACGGGAGAUUUUCAUUUUUGUUUUUCUACACUCCACCAAUCCGACGUUGCUGAAAUACCAUCUAAUCGAAGUGUUGAUGAACAAGUCGUGUUGAUUGCAGAGAUUUACAUACCACAAUCUGUUCAUUAUCCUAAUGGAUUUAUGCUGAGUCUACAUCCAGAUUACAUAAUGAAAAAUAUGACAGGGAAUAUUCUAUCUCUUUACCUACCAAAGGAGAAGUUAAGCAAUAAGUCUGUAGAAGUGAAAGUUGAUAUUUGGAGAAAAUAAAAUCUCGUCAUUCACUAGUUUACUGUAAAAUAAUCAAACAAUCGAUUAAGUAGUGAGAAUGGUAAUCAGAGUGAGGAGGAGGAGGAGGAGAAGAAGAUGCCUCGACUGUGUUCUUUCUUUCUUUUGUUUUACUGCUUAGACAAAUCAUCAACAUCAUCAUCAUUAUCAGUCAGUGUUUCUUCACUAGUCACAUUUUUAACAAAUUGUACUUUUUCCUUAUCAAAAAUGUGAAAUAUUCUUCAUUUUGUUCAUUUUCGUCAUAGAAUGUGAAGUUUCUUGACUCAGUUAGCUGACUCAACCAAGUAGGUAAGGUUGAGAUUAUCAUGAAUAAUAACAGCAGUAGGCCUCCCUCUUGUGAUGUGAUGUGAUUUAAGAAUACGGAAUGCACAAGUUAACAAAAAGAGAUUAUUUUGCCCAACUGCUCACUACAAAUCUGUAUACUACUCACUGAAGAGGCUGUGAUCAACGAAUUUCUAUGUUUCCUGUCGAGCUAUGCAAGCAAAUUAACAUACAGUUAUUUUUCCAUGAAUGA